AUGCGCUUACUUGCUAUAAACAAGCGGAUAUUGAUCCCGGUGGCGCUCGCCUCGCUAGCUUCGAUGCUGAUGGGAUAUGACAUAGGCGUGACCAGUGGUGCUGUGCUGAUAGUGCAGCGAACCUACCACCUCAGCAUUGCGGAUAAGGAGCUCUUUAUUGGUUCCUUCAGCUUCGCAGCAGCCAUCUCCGCCCUCCUCUCUGGUCCGCUUGCAGACUUCUUCGGCCGCCGCCCCCUCCUCCUCCUCUCCUCCCUCCUCUCCUCCCUCGGCUUCCUCACCAUGGCCCUCUCUCACACCUUCCCCACCCUCCUCUUCACCCGUAUCCUCACCGGUUUCGGCGUAGGCAUCGGGAUGACUGUCGGCCCUCUCUACUGCGUCGAGCUGGCCCCAGCCGAUUCCCGCGGCUCUCUCUCUGCUCUCAGCGAGCUUCUCUCUUCCCUCGGGCUGCUCCUCGGGUAUUUAAUCUCCUUUCUCCUCUCGCCGUCCCCUAACAGGUACGAUGCUCUCUCCACACCCCCCCCUCCCCUGCUGCUUCAUCCUCUGCUGAUGCGGCCGAAUGAGGCGGUGGAGCAGAUGCUGAAAGUGGCUGUGGGGGCUGCAUACUACCAGCAGGCCACAGGCGUCCCCACCAUGCUCUAUUAUACCCCCGAGCACUUCGCCACCAUGGGUCUCACCUCCUCUGCUGCCAUUCUCUCUGACUCUCUCUAUCCUUCUCCCGGCGCUUUCAUUCACCAGGCCACAGGCGUCCCCACAAUGCUCUACCCCCGAGCUGGCGUCCCCACCAUGCUCUACUACACACCUGAGCUCUUCGCAACGAUGGGUCUUACCUCCUCUGCUGCCAUCCUCUCUGCCAGCCUCGCGGUGGCCCUCGCCCGCACGCUCGCCUCGCUCGUGCCCGUCUCUAUUCUGGACGAGAUUGGAAGAAGGACUAUGCUUCUUAUCAGCACAGCAGGCAUGACCAUCGCCCUGCUAGCUCAAGCGAUAGUCCUCCACACAAUGAACCUCGGUGGAGAGUUUGACAUCUCUUCAGAAAACCCCUCCUCCUCGUCCCCGCUCACCCCUCUCGUCUCCCGCCCAUUCCAAUCCAACGCCGCUGCUCUCUCCGUGAUCGCCGCAGCAAACCUAACUGUGUUCUUCGCUAUAGGCCUCUCCCCCAUCUCCACUCUCCUCCCUCCGGAGAUUUUCCCCCUCCGGUUACGAGCCCAAGGGACCGGCCUUGCUGUGGCAGUCAGCAGGCUGGUUGCGGCGGCUCUUUCCUCGUCGUUUCUGAGCCUUGUUGACGCGACGAGCCCCGGGUUUCCGUUCUUUGUGUUUGCGGUGCUGUCGGCGGCUGCGGUUCCGUUUCUGCAUUCCUGUAUGCGGGAGACGAGAGGGGUGAAGCUUGAAGGUGCUUCGGCGCUAUUUGAGCCGAGUUUGGGCGGCGGAGUGGGGACAGGAGGGGGGAUGUGGGGGGGAGGAGGGGUGGGAGGUGCGGCUGGGGCGGGAGAGCAGGGUGCUGUGAUGGAUGGGCAUGGGAGAGCGAUUGGGAGGAGGGCAAGGAAUGUGGGAGGAGGAGAUAGGGCUUCAACCAGUUGA